AUGACUCAUACACUUUUGCUGUGCUGCUUGGUGUUUCUUUUGCCUAUAGAGUCUUGUAGGACAUUAUGCCAGGCUGCCAACAAAAGCAAGGAGAAGGUGUCUGCCAGGCCACACGGUGUAUGCGAUGGUGUCUGUCUGGACAAUUCCUACUGUACUCAACCUUGCCCUCCAGACACUCAGGGAACUAUGGGGUUUUCAUGCAGGAAAAAGAAAUGGUACAAGAUCACGGAUACCUGCCGGACUCUUAAUGCCUUCAACAUCUUUGAGGAGGAUUUAUACACAGCUGAAUCAUUUGGAGGAAGUAUAAGGAUACACGAAAAUACUGGAAAGCCUGAGACCAUAACAGAUAUGUUGCUGGAAAAGUGUCCAAGAGAUUUGUCUUGUGUGAUUAGAAACAUUCAGCAGUCUCCCCGGAUACCAGGAAACAUCGCUGUCAUCGUGCAGCUCCUACACAACAUAUCAAUGGCGCUAUUGACAGAUGUUGAUGAAGCAAAGAUGCAGAGUUACAGCACCAUGGCCAACCACAUUCUUAACAGCAAAAGUAUCUCAAACUGGACCUUCAUUCCUGACAGAAACAGCAGCUGUGUCCUGCUACACUCAGUCAAUUCCUUUGCGAGAAAGCUAUUGAUAAGUAAACAUCCCAUUGACAUAUCAGAUGUCUUCAUUCACACCGUGGGCACCACUGUAUCUGGAGACAACACUGGAAAAAAUUUCACUUUUUCAAUGAGAGUGAAUGAUACCGGCAAUGAAGUCACGGGGAGGGUGCUGAUCGGUAGAGAUGAACUUCAGAAGGUGCCUUCCGCUUCUCAGGUCAUCAGCAUUGCAUUUCCAACCCUUGGAGCCAUUUUGGAAGCCAGUCUUUUGGAAAAUGUUACUGUGAAUGGGCUUGUUCUGUCUGUCAUUUUGCCCAAGGAACUUAAAAGGAUCUCAUUGAUUUUUGAAAAGAUCAGCAAGUCAGAGGAGAGGAGGACGCAGUGCGUUGGCUGGCACUCCAUGGAGAGCAGAUGGGACCAGCAGGCCUGUGAAAUGAUUCAAGAAAACCCCCAGCAAGCUGUUUGCAAAUGUAGGCCAAGCAAGUUUUUCACCUCUUUCUCCAUUCUUAUGUCACCCCACAUCUUGGAGAGUCCAAUCCUGACCUACAUCACAUACGUAGGCCUGGGCAUUUCUAUUUGCAGCUUGAUACUUUGCUUGUCCAUUGAGGCCUUAGUUUGGGGCCAAGUGACAAAGACGGAGAUCUCAUAUUUACGCCAUGUGUGCAUUGCAAACGUUGCGGCCACUUUGCUGAUGGCUGACGUGUGGUUCAUCGUGGCUUCCUUUCUUAGUGGUCCAGUGACACACCACAAAGGAUGUGUGGCAGCGACAUUUUUUGUUCAUUACUUUUACCUUGCUGUGUUUUUCUGGAUGCUUGCCAAGGCACUCCUUAUCCUCUAUGGAAUCUUGGUUGUUUUCCAUACCUUGCCUAAGUCAGUCUUGGUGGCAUCUCUGUUUUCAGUGGGCUACGGAUGCCCUUUGGUCAUUGCUGUUGUUACAGUUGCUGCCACGGAGCCUGGCAAGGGCUACUUACAGCCCAAAGCCUGCUGGCUCAACUGGGACAUGACCAAGGCCCUCCUGGCCUUCGUGGUCCCAGCUCUGGCCAUUGUGGUAGUAAACCUGAUCACAGUCACACUGGUGAUCGUCAAGACCCAGCGAGCUGCCAUCGGCAGUUCCAUGUUCCAGGAAGUGAGAGCCAUUGUGAGAAUCAGUAAGAACAUCGCCAUCCUCACACCGCUGCUGGGACUGACCUGGGGAUUUGGGAUUGCCAUGGUCAUCGAUGAUAGCUCCCUGGCCUUCCACAUUACCUUCUCCCUGCUCAAUGCAUUUCAGGGCUUCUUCAUCUUGGUGUUUGGAACAAUCCUGGAUCCAAAGAUAAGAGAAGCCUUAAAGGAGCGAGUAACCUCUGCCAAAUGGAUCUCCAGGAUAUCAGAGAUUCUUUCUGGAGUGUGGGGAGGGACCACAUCCAAAAGGGAGAAUGACAAGGUGGCAGCAAAAGGGGAUUCAGGGUUGGCUGCUCACACUGCCAGCAGCGAGAGCAGAGGCAGCCCAGAGCUGCCCACGCCCACAUCACUCAGGGUCAACAUCACCCGUCACGGACGGCUGUUGCAGGAGGUCAUAUAUUCCAGGAACGGCAGAGCCCACAGGAGAGAUGUGCUCAUUCCUGUCUUCUUGCCUCUGGAGAGUAUGAAGGAAGCCUCACACAUCGCGGUGCUGAGGGAGGAGGGCGUGGAGUGCAGAAAUGAUGGAAAGCCUCUCCGUCUGAGCUGUUCUGUGCUGCCGAACAUUUCUCGUUUAUGUGUAUAUGUACGAUGGGCAUUUACAAGGAAACAAAAAGACAAAGUGGGCCAUGAUUUGGUUUUGUUGGGGCCUCCAUCUCCAUGCUAUCAGGUCACCUUUAUCCUCAGGAAGAAAGCUCUGGCUCCCCUUGGCAAAGGUGGCCUGGGAUGUCACCUGGCUGGAUUCUGUGGGCUGCUGAGGGAGGGGCCCUCGUGA